AUGAUCCGCAAGAGAGCAGGAAACAUGCAGACCACCUUAUGGACUGCUCUGGACAUGUUCGACAAGCAUCGACAGACCAUACAGUAUUAUGAGCACGCUGUGCAACACAACUCGAAUGCCAUCCGACACGCGAGGCCUAUUAUGACUAGAUCAGAUGCCGAGCACAGUGAAGCUCUUUUCAACUUCUCGGCUUUGACAUCCCUUUUUGCAUUUGCGGAGCCGCCGUUGAGAAGGGUACAACGACAGCAGCAAGCACACCAUGAUUUGCUUGAUGACUUACUCGAUGCUUUCCGCAUGGGCAAGGGCAACCGCGCCGUCAUGUCUUGCCAUGCCGAGAAUCUAACAGAGGUCAAGCAGACGAAUGACAAGCGUUGGUCGGUAGAUAAAGAUUCAACCAAGUCUAGUCUGGAGAUGGAAUAUCCUCAAUUAGCCAGGCUCCGUGACAUGGUGCGGACGUCCUGCGACAACCAACGACAGACAGCGGCGUGUUGUAUCGCUCUUCAAGAACUAUUUGGAAACAUAUCCGCAUUGUCCAAGCACUCUGGGAACCACUCCAGCGCCUACAUUAUCAUGACCUGGGCAAGCAAUCUCGACCCACUGUUCAUGGACAUGUGCGAGGCACGACACCCUGUCGCACUAGUCAUCCUCGGCCAUUAUGCAGUCAUGAUACAUCUGAGACGAGCGAUGUGGUUCUUCGCCCUCUGGCCAAGACUCCUACUCACAUAUACACGCGAGCGGCUCCCAUCGGCCUUUGAUCACUAUCUAGACUGGCCAGCUGAGACGCUGGAAUACUGUUCAACAACAGGAGCUGAGUAA